AUGUCUGUGGUCGGGUCGUUGAUCUUCUGCCUGGACUGCGGUAAUCUGCUGAAUAACCCGAACACGGUGGCUGGCUCCGAGAUCGAGUGCGACAUGUGCCAGGCGUCGUACCCGAAGUCGCAGUUCUCGAAGCUGAAAGUGGUGACCGCGACCUCGGACGAUGCGUUCCCCUCCGCGCUGCGGUCCAAGAGGUCGGUCGUCAAGACGUCGCUGAAGAAGGACGAGCUAGAGGCCGGCGCAACGAUCAAGGAAAAGUGUCCCAAGUGCGGCAACGAAGAGAUGCACUACCACACGCUGCAGCUGAGGUCCGCGGACGAAGGUGCAACCGUGUUCUACACAUGCACCGCGUGCGGCUACAAGUUCAGAACCAACAAUUGA